AUGACCCAGGACGCCGCCGCUAAUGCCGCCGUUGCUCCUCCCUCGGAUCCAGCUAAGCCGCCGCCUGAGGUAAAUAUAAAAACAGGCCGUCCUCGCGCAGGGCGCUUAACCGCGCAUGCGCCGCAAGGCCGCAGAGCCUGGCUUGUUCUGCUGCUAGGGGCUUUUUCCGUUUGUGGAAGAAACCCGCGGCCUGUGGAGGAGGAGGAGACCGCGGUUGCUGACAGGAAUUUCCGUCCUCGAGUUAUUUCCCCUCCCUCCUUUGGGGCGGGCCCCGCUCGGCUUUCUCGCCUCGCUCCUUGGUUCUUUCCGACGCUCUUGUUUCGUGAGCUUCCCUUUUCCCACCCUCCCCCAGUAUAUAGGGGCCGGGAGGCGGCCGGCGGAGACUUCCAAAUCCGCCUGGGAGGGCCUGGAGGUAAGGGGGGCCGAGGGGUCGGGGUCGGGGUGGGGUCUUAUUGUGCCGCCGCUGCUGGAGGGCGUUUGUGGGGGGGUUGUUCUUUUUACACUUUUGCUACUGCUGCUGCUACCACCAUUAUUAUUAUUACUUUUAUACAUUAUUUCUAUAUAACAACACGCUCAUAUUACUGUAUAACAAUAUACUAGUAAUAUUACUGCAUAACAAUAUACUAGUAAUAUUACUGCAUAACAAUAUACUAAUAAUAUUACUGUAUAAUAGUAUACUACUGCUGUUCUUCUUUUUAUUAUAAUACUGUUAUAACUAUACAUUACUACUACUAUCACCACCAUCAUUAUAUGUAGCUUGGCCUUUGUUCACACGACGGUCCCGGGGCUUUAAAAAUGCGAAAAAUUCGGUUUAAGUGCAGAACAGUGCAAUGUAUCUCCUGUGCCGCUUCAGCUUUAAACGGAGGAACCUCAAAGCGUUUUGCAAAAAGAAUUAGGGCGAAGAACUCGGCAGUUAGGAGCAGUUUUGUUUUUUAACACACACACGCAGCUGCUUAAGCGAAUAUUUUUUUUUUAAUCGGGCCACUGCCAACUAUCGCGAUCUAAACCGGGCGGGGAGCUGAAACUUUAGGCUCGUAGGAGGAGGAUACGUAAGUGCCCGAUCAAAACAGGCGUGGUGUGCAUUUAUAUUUUUUUUGCGGGGGGUGGGGUACGAAAUUAAAGCCGCACGGCUUAGCCGCAAAGUUGACAUAUCGGCAGUGCACGGCAGUUGAUGGAGAGAGAAAGGGGUGGGGUGGGGGUGGGACUGCAGUCUUCAAGCUACCCCGUGAGCAAAGCCCCAUAGAGCACAGUGGGGCUUAGGUGAGUAAACAUAUUAUGUAAGGGCUGAGCUUACUAUUUUGUUGAGUCACCUCAAAGUAAGCUUACAAAGUUAACUUGAACAUUUAUUUAUUUACUUUAAUAUAAUUUAUAUGCUGCUUGAUUGUUUUAAAAGCCCCCCCCCCCCCAGCAGAUUACAAACAGAAUGUGAUUAUUAUCAACUGGGCAGUCAUUUGAAGACUGGGUUUCUUGUUGUUGUACAUUGCAGGAAAAUGCUAGUUAGAGGUGGUCAGGUUUCUUUUCUGAGCAGUUGGUCUGUAGUUAAUGAUAAGCUUCCUAGAACAGUUUGAAAGUGGUUUCAUGUUACUGUGAUGACUAGGGAGAAUUGCUAGGAACGGGACAUGAAAGUGGAAGACAUAAAUUGGAGGCUACUACGUAUUGAUGCGACAGCUGGAUUCAGAGAUGAAAAGAAAUUGAUGUGCUAAUGCUAAAUAGAGUGGCAUGCAGUCUCUGUGGCUACCUAGAUCAGAGCCACAUGUUCACAUUAUCAGCUGAUGGGAGCAACUGAUAAAAUCAAGGGAUGACCAAGCACUUCAGACCUGGGUCUUUCAAAGUCCGGCAUUCUGUUUAUGACAGCAGCCAGACGGAUACUCUUCCAGUGGUCAGAGCAGGACAUGAAGAUAGCAGUAGAUGAUGGGCACCUUAUCACUUCAUUCCUAUCCUGCUUUAACAACUGCUACUAAACUUUGCUGGUACUUUGAUUCCACUGUUCCCUUUAGUUAUUACUUUUGGAAUGUAACUAUUGUUUCUCCUCAUUGUCAUCUAGCACAGUCUGUUGACAUUUUAUUCAUUCCUCCUUUAAUGGCCUCACACUUGUAGUUUUCCAUUUGCUCACACCAGACCUUUAAUCCUUUUGUUUGAUGUUCCUUUGACCUAUGUGGACUGCACUGUUAUUUUGCAAUCCUGCAGUGCAAGUCUAAUAAAUAGGUGCUCUUUUAUAUCUUAGACUGCUGUUCCAUUUUAGUUCAGCUGAGUAUACUUAAACUUCUUAAAAUAAUAAUAAUAUUAAUUAAUUUAUUUAAUUUAUAUACUGCCCUAUACCCGGAGGCUUCAGGGCGGUUCACAUAGUAGGAACACAGUAUAGGCAAAUAGGUAUAUACUUGUAGCACAGCCAGGGUUACUUGAUAGACUUGCCAUAUCUGUUAUUGUGGGUAUUAAUGUGUGCUGUUCAUCUUUUACUGUCAGCCCAUCACUAGUUUAGACAUUCUGGAUCUUUUAUUGUUUGUGCCUAAAUCUCAUUUUGUGUUCUGUAAAUCAUCCCUUGUAACUUUUCUCCUUUUGACCUCACUUUGUUUUAUUUUUAUAAUACCUCUUUUUCUUCACACACUAUGUGCUUUAUAUACCUAUCCUCUGAAGUUGGCUCUUCAAACAUCUGAUAGAUGUAUGAAAGGUUAUGCUGCAGUACAUGUGCUAGCCUUAUGGCGUCAAAUAAUGGAAUAGGCUAAUAAGGGUCUGUAAUUUAAUUUAUUUGAGAAUGGGAUUUUAUCUAGACUAUCACAGAUAGAUUCAUAGGAAAUAAAAAAUAACUUGAUUUGAAGAUGCUAAAAAUCCAAAGUGCCAUUUGUUUUUGAAAGUAUGACAUAACCUUAGAGUUGUCUGUCAUAGGAAAAAAUUGAUCCCUGCUGACAGCCAAUGGUGUAUUGUUAUGUUAAAAUGAUUUGCUAAUUACUCAGAAAGUGUAGAUGUGCAAGACUUGAGUAUUAUGGAUGCCUUCCUACAUCAGGCACUUAAAAUAUGCCUUAGCUCCUCCAAAGAGGCAGUAGCUGAGAUGCACUUAAUUUACGGCUGCUAGCUCAUUUAGAUACUACUUAACAGAUUGUUUAGUUUCCUAAUUAACUCAUUAAUUUUCUUUGUUCCCAUACUUCAGAAAUGCUAUUUUUUGAGUUCUGAAGAACUGUGAACCUAAUAUCUCUUUCUGCCCCGGAUAUAAAUAUGCAUAUGUUCACUCCAUGAUGGUGUGUGAUACAUCAUGCAGCACAGGCACUUUCCUAGAUGGAAAGUCUGUGUAUAAAAAGUCACAUGUUAAGCAUAAUGGAAUUCUGAAAAGUAUUGAUUGUUUGUGACCAAAGCACUGUGAACCAAAAUAAUUUUGGUAUAAUAAUACCUCUAGCAAUGUGCAGUCAAUUCCAGAACAACUUUUGAAAUAGUUAAAUACACUGCGCAAUUGGAAGCAUUGACCUCAAUGUCAGUAAGCUUUCAGAGGAAGCAUUGACCUCAAUGUCAGAGCUUUCAGAGGAUGCCUUGUUUUCCACAUAAAAAUCCCUACAUAGAAAGCUUACACAUUGGCAGAUAUGAGUGCUUCCUAUGUGCAGGUGAAUAUCAACUUAUGGGAGCCUUCAUAUAUGGCCUUCUCUUGUGUACAGUUAGCAGGGAAUCUUGAUCCCUACUCCCCGCCACCAUUCUGAGAGAUUUGCAGCUAACCUGAACUUCUCAACUCUACAUCAGUGGUGUUAACACUGAUUCCUUUAUUGUCUUUCAGUAUAGGCACAAAGGAUGCUUUGUGGGCUAAAUUGGCUUCAGUUCAACACCAGUCCAUUCUAACAGUUGGCAUAGACAAGUUAUUAGACUCUGGCUAAAAAUAUAACUGAAGUGAAGUUUAUUGCCAUUGAAUAUUUGUAGUGCUUUACAACUGUGUACACACACAGUAUACUAUAACUUUUUAAAGAAGCUCAUAUAUCUUUUUCUCUUCAUGCAGGUCUUGGUAACCUUGUGUUUAUCACACAUUACAUUUACUGUUUCUCCUUGUGGACCCAAUAUUGCAAUAUGGCUGCCUAAGCCCCUUAAAAGGGACUUGAGUCUGAAGUCUGGGAGAUAGUUUUGUGCAUAAAUACUAAAAUUAUUUUUGCUUUUAUUAAGGAGAGACAUGACUUGCCUAAAUAUUUUAGCUAAUGAGUAUUAUUAUUAUUUAUUAAAUUUCUAUACAGCCCUACCGAUGUUCCAUUUUUCCUCUCCCAAGCAAUAUAAUUAUGUUAAACACAAUAAACUUCUAAUAAUAGUAAAGCAACCUGGUUAAAAUUAUGCUAUAAAACUUCAGCAACAACAUAAGGAAAGAAAAUGUUCCAGGGCUGAUUAAAGCUUGUUGGUGUCCAGGGCAAGAGCAAUAGUGGUUUGCAGAGAUCACCCUUAGCUUAAUAGUUCCAAAACUUCAUUGAUGUAUUUGAGGGGAAAUCCUUGAGUAUUUUCUUGGCAAGAAUUAAACUAAUCUUAAGAGGGAGCUGAUGUAUUUAUGUACCAUAGUUUCAAAACACAGGGUGGUAUCCUAUAUUUGUCAUAUUCAGAGUAGCACCACUGAAAUCAAUGGAGAUUUGCAUCCACUACUUUCAGUGGGUCUCCUUUAAGUAAAACCUAGUUGGGGACAACCCAUACAUUCCUGGUUUAAUUUGACUUUAAAGGGGAGAAGGCUUCUCAGCAUAUGUAGCCAACUACAAGCAAGUCAUACAUAUGCCUACAGAUUCCACUUUUCCUUAAUACCCUACAUUUCUGCACUUUUAUUUUCUACAUAGUAACAGGAUUUGGAAACUAAUGCUGCAGCCUGAUACUAACUUAAUUUAUUUGGACUUCCUUAGAUUUGGGUGGGACUCAUGUCCAAGUUUACAGGCUAUGGGCUAAAUAUUUAGUUUUUUUCUUCACACUUUAUUUUUAAGGCUUCCUCCCUUCUGCCAUAAUGAGAAGGGGAACAUUAGCACUUAUAAGGAAGAAGGAACUACAGUGUUUUAAGGAAGCGUGCAUUUUGAAAAAGAGAACAAAUUAUGUUUAGCCAGAAAGAUGAAAGUACUGAAUGAAAGAGAUACUUUAUAAAGAAAUUGCAUGCAAUGUUUUGCUUUCAGGUUUUUAUUUUAUUAUGGCCUGGAAGUUAAUCAGAUUUGCACAAAACUAUCUCCCAGGCUUCAGACUCGUCCCAUUCUCCUAUCUUAUUUCAUCGUCAUGAACAUAUAUGAUUCAUUACCGUCCAAACUGAGGAAUAGCAGUGAUGUAAGUGAACUGACGUACGAUCUGUCAUGUGAACUCUACAGGAUGUCUACCUUUUCGACUUUCCCUCAGAAUGUACCUGUAUCUGA